ACAAUGCUAGUUCGCUCUUUUGAGAGUUUCUUAGCUGACUCUAUUUGAUUUCUAGUGCUCGUUGCAUGUUUUGCUGAUUGUGGACUACCAGUCACUUUUGCAAAUUCCCACCGUUUGGACGUGCGCAAAAACAAACACAUCCGUAGUCUCGUGCGCGAACAAUCUCCCUAUUUGCGAAGUGAAGUAAACAAAAGAUUUUAUAAAACAAAGUAGUUUUUGCAGUUGAAUUUAAGUUGUUAGAGAAAGUGGUGUGAAAUUUCAAUAUAAUAUUAGAAAUUUGUGUUGAAACAAAGAGAAAAUCACUAUAAAAGUCCUAUUCUACAUAUAUAUAUACAUAUAUAAAUGAAUAGAAAAUUUUAAAAGUGUAUAUUUUCUUUUGCAAAUUUAUAAAAUAUGCGGUGCUAUAUUUAGUUAUGAAAAGCGUCGCGUCAACAACAAAACAACGUCAACGACAACGACCUGGCGACAGCAUCGAAGCAACAGGAGACCUACCGAAAUUAAUUCAUUCAAUUUAUGCACUUAGUUAAGAAAUGUUGAAGAUGUUGCAUGCUUUUGCCACUUAACAACGUUUCACGUCCAGCCUCAACAACAGCCCCAACCGCAGCAAAUCGCUAUGGGCUACAAUAUAGAGUGGAUAUUCCAACGUUUGCGGUGUCCUUCGGGACUUUGGUAUAUUGCUAGCCAAAUUGCUAUCACAGCGGUGGGAUUGUUUGCUAAAUUUGUACUGGUUUUUCUCAACCGAACCGUGGUGUACAACAGAGAGAGACUGAUAAAUUUGAUAGCAAAACGUCCAGCCGGUGUGCCGCUAGUCACAGUGUCAAAUCAUCAAUCAUGCUUCGAUGAUCCCGGCCUAUGGGGUGUGCUUCCCGUGCGAUAUGUAUGCAACACAUUCAAGAUACGUUGGUCGAUGGCGGCGCACGAUAUCUGCUUCACCAAUAAAUAUCACUCGACUUUCUUCAUGUAUGGAAAAUGCAUUCCAGUGGUGCGCGGCAGUGGCGUCUAUCAGGACGCCGUCAAUUUGUGUAUACAAAAAUGUGCGCUCGGCCAUUGGGUGCACGUCUUUCCCGAGGGCAAGGUGAACAUGACCAAAGAGGAGAUGCGCCUCAAAUGGGGUGUGGGUCGUAUCAUAUACGAAUCGCCACGCAUUCCGAUUAUACUGCCCAUGUGGCACGAGGGCAUGGACGAAGUGCUGCCCAACACUGAGCCAUACGUGCUGAAGUGGGGUAAAAAGGUGACGCUAAAUAUCGGUCAACCCAUAGACUUGCAAGAUUUUAUACAGGAUCUGAAAGAUCGUAAAGUGCCAGAGCCAGAGGCGCGCAAGUUGAUAACGGACAAAAUACAGGACGUGUUUCAUCAUUUGCGCAAAGAGACCGAAGAACUGCAUAAAAAACGGCUAUAGUAAUUAAGUCAACUCGUUUAUAAUUAUUUCGUUCACAUUUUACUCAAAGCGAUUGAGUAUAAGAAUUUAUAAAAAUAUAUAUUUAUAUAAUUAACGAUAAAUAGGCAACAUAAACAAGUCAAAAAUGAGAUAUACACUUUUAGCUAAUUAUAAUUUUUAAUUUCAAAAACAAAGUGCAAUAUAAGACUUACUCAAAAAAGCUAUACAUAGAAUUAUGUAACCAAAUUUGUAGAACACUUUAGUCAGUGUCUUAACGAAAUUUUCUUAUACUUGCUGCAUUUUUAUAAAACAUUAUUUAGAUUGUCUGGGCAAAAUUCUAUUUCUUUCGCAUACAGAAUAGUAAAAAUUAAGCAGCUAAUUAAUUACUUUGCAGUUAAAUACUAUAGAAAUAUGUCAACCUUAACGUAUUGAGUAAGACUCCCAUUUAUGUUUAUUAAAAUAAGUCUAUUUAUGUAAUAACGUCUAUAAAAUGAUUAUUGUCACUCAUGUAAUAUUUAUGUUUAAAAUUUAAUUGCUAAAAUCAACAGAAAAUUAAUAAUAAUAAACAAAAACAUUAAAACAUAUACAUAUAUGUGCAUGUAUGUAUGAAUUUUAUAUAGCGCACGAUGUUUUCCAAAAAACAACUUCUUUAUAAAUACGCUUAGAUACACGCUAAAACGAAAUAUAUUUAUAUAAAUACGCAUAUAUUCAUAUAUAUACAUAUACAUAUAUAUAUGCAUGCAGUAUAUACAUAUAUGAAAAUAGCAUCGAAUACGAGCGUUAAGAUAAUCGUAUGUCUGCGAGAACUAAAGUGUACGAACUUGUGAAAAGUGUCUGUGAGAAAUGCUUUUUGUUGUGCUGAGUAUUGAGCGAAACUAAAGACAUUGAAAAUGCAAAUAAAAAACGUAAUGAAAGCCAAAAA